GAGAGAGAGAGCGCGUGCGUGUGGCACAAACAGCGUGGAUUAAACCUUGACCAACGCCACACUGGAGCUCUCGCGCGCAUCUCCUGAAUCUACCUCAUCAGUGAAGAACCAGGGAGGAUGAGAUCAUUGGCCACAAUGCAAGCAUACAGUCUGACGCAGCCAUUUGGACUUCAAACGCACACUCAACAAAAGACUACUUCUAGCAAUGCAUUUAUCAUUUCUCCGCAGGUGCAAUAUUAUAUUGCGCAACAAAGGGUUGCUAGGCAACAACAGACUCCACAGUCCCAUGGGUUAUGUCAAGGCCAGGCUUCCACCCAGACAGUUUCAAGUUCAUCUAAUUUGAAAUCAAGAGAGAUGCCUCAAGGACUGGUUACAGACUCGCAGUUGCAUCACAAAAAUACAGCUUCAACUUUAUCAAACGGACAGUUUGUAUCUUGGCCAGCUGUUCAGCAUGGGACCCCCACUCAAAACCUGAGCCACCAUCCACAGGCCACGAAUAGAAAUCCUGUUCCCCAGACCUUAAACGGAAAUCCUCAGCAGAAUGGUAAUAUGCCACAGAUGCCCAGUGAUGCACCUGCAUCUUGGCUCAUUUCUGCUUUUAGCAAUAGAUAUUCUCCAACUCAGCAGAAUAACCAGACCUAUCAGUCAGUUCUACCUCAGUGCCAGCCUUCAAAUGGACAUCAAAGAACGCAUAUUCGCCAUCAACCUGCAGUUCAGCUACAACAAACAGAUCUGUCUGUUCGGACUGUGUCUAAUCAGGCAGCUCAGAUUCACAAUCAAGAACAGAUAAGAUUAGGACAAGAAAACAGUGCUUCAUAUAGCACUUAUGGGCACUUCCCCUCCCAAUCACAAAGACUCAUUACUCAUCAGACAGGUCAAAGCCCGCCGGUCUAUAACGCAUAUCAAGUUCAACAUGCAUCUCAAAUCCAACAUCAUCCUUUAUCAAACAGGAUAGAAAACACUUCUGCCAAUUAUAAUCUUGUAAAACUCAAUGGGAAUAUGCAUCCAAACCAACCUUACCCACCAUCAUACACAUCCCAGCAUUUGAUUUAUCAAAGCCAAAGUAUGCAGCAAAUUUCAGCAUUAGGUCUGCCUCAGGAACAAGUCCAGCCACAGACUCAACUGCAACAACGCAACACUGUACAGGAUUCCUGCCAUCAAAGCAACCCAUACCACACUAUUACACUGGCCAGUCAAGGGAACACACAGCCACAAAAUUUACAAUCAAAUCACAUUGUUACUGGGCUCCCUAGUUCCUCCCAAAGAACAAUAUCUACCAGUACAGCAACAAGGAAAGUACCACCACCCGUCUAUACAGAAUCCUCCGUCAACCACUCACAUGUCACUUUAAACAAUUUGCUAAUGGACAACACACAAGUGCCUCCUCAAAGGUAUGGCAUUAAUACUCUUGCCACACCAGAGCAAACAUCUAGCCAUGUUACCACUAAGGCAAGCUAUUCUCAGGCAACAGAAUCUGCUUCAUACCUUAAUGCUCUUGCCAUUUUAAAGAACAAUCAAGCACUUCAGAGAGUGACUGAGUACCAAAUGCUUGCCAAAAGAACAGCCAUCUCAACAGAGACUGGACAGAACCAAUUAAAUGUACCUGAUGUUCAAAGUUCAGAAAGUAUGCGGAGCAGAAGAUUGCAGACAAACACAGAGACAAAAGAUGGACAUGAAAGCAAUACCAGACAACCGACUAGAGAGAUGCAGUAUAUUGAGGACACAACUGAAGCUCUGGAGCUGGCUCUAGCACUGAAUAAUCUAUUUAGACAAUCCAACAAAGCAGUCGCUGUAGUUCCACCAAUUUCUCAGCAAGUCCUCAGUCCAGAAAACAAUGAUCCUGUCACAAGUUCUCAUGACAGCCUUCUGUUUAAGAUCAACGCUGCUAAAGAGAACAAGAAUGUAGAGGAAGAGUCAAAUGCAUCAAGUAUGCCUAAAGAGACUACUGAGGAAUUUGUGCAGUUGGUUUCAGUACCACCCCCUGAAACACAGAAACAUAAACUUAAAGAUGGAUCAACAGUUGACAGCCAAACACCCAACACUCAAAGCACGGAGGUUCCUCCAUGUAAAGCUGGCUCUACCACAUCUCAGAGUUGUGUAUGCUGUUUAGAUUUGACAUCAGAAAGUCCAGAGGAUCUCAACAGCCUCCAGACUGACAAAUCCGAUGGCGAUGUACUCGAUUUGUCCAAGGUUCAGGGGGUUACUUUCACAGUAGAGAAAUUUAAAUACUUGAUAAAGAUUGUCGAGAGCGCUCUAAGAGGAUCAGUAAAGGAGCCAGUAGUGGAUUUUGAAAAGUGCCUCAUAGAUCUCUACUGGGCUGGAAACAGAGAAGAAUUAGAUAAAAAAAUGCAUACAUUUCCUGCAAAUUUGUGCGAUUUUCUUUGCAGUGUGUCCACAAAAGAAAUGGAAACUUUGCAGUUCCUUUCACACACAUGCUUAGAGAGGUUGGAGCGUUUUUGCCACAUUCUGAAACAUGACAAAGUCCUACCCACUGAGGAGUUUAGAUCCUCAUGGUUGAAUGUUAAUGGACAGCCAGCUGAUAUAGAAAAUCUUCUUGCAGAGCCAAUUUCGGAAUUUAAGCUACCUGAUUAUGUAUCACUUGAAGGCUUUGAGGAUCUUGACAUCUAUUUAGAGUCUGAACCAUCUACAAACAUGAACCCUGCAAAUACCAAGUGCCAGAACGACAACAUUAUGACCAAGGAAUCUGCAGACUGUAAAAGUAAAUCUAAAGUAAAUAAGCAAGAAGAUGAAAAUCUGGAAAAGAAUCAACAGCAGGAAGAAAAUACGAACUUUGAACAAUCUUUACACUCAACUGAAACUGAAGGUAUACUGAUUGAAAGCGAAAGCACAGCAGAAUGUGAACAAGUCUACCAAGAUGCAUUUGAAAAUAUCACUUCUCCCUCUGAAGGUAUUGAACUGUUGGAUCUUUCUCAUGAUUCUGAUUCCAGCAACGACUCCCAAUCAAUCCAAAUAUCACUUCUGUCAUCUGAUGAUGCUAAAGCAAUUUUUAAAGAAUGCUUUGGUUCUGACUGGCAACAGCCUUCUCAGUUGUGCCAAGAUGUAACAAAGGUUUUAGUAACCCCAGACAAGAAGUCUUUCUGCAACUCUGCUAAUCAAAUCAAAUUCACUUGCCCCCAUGUGACUGACUUUGAAGGGGAUGGUGAAAAUUUUUGCCCCAAGUGCUGGGAAGAGACACCUUUACUGGAUCUAGACCUGGAAGAAGCUCUGUUUAGCCCAGAGUGUGGUAGUCCUGAGUCUUCGAAACAAAGUGAUGAUGAACAAAUCUGUAGUCCACCUGGAUCAAAUUCUACUGCACUGUCGAAAAGUAGCAGUGUUACUGAUGCACCACUUGCAACAGUCAAUAUAGAUGAAGUGACCAUCUUUGAAUCUGAACCCAAUCCAAGUGAUAAAGUAGUGAGCUGUAGCCCCGGGUCUGGUAAAUCACCAUUUAAAGAACCACAUGCACCUGUGAGCACUGAAAGCAGUAUCUUCACCUUACCAAUUGAUAAAGUAGCCUGUGAGACUAAUGGAUCGGUGGGACCAGAGUUAGCCAAGGACAUGUCUGACUCACAAAACGCUAAAAAUCUAGUUAUUCCAGAACAAAACAAGACCAAAAGAGACAAAGUUUUUCCACCAGAAAGUCCACCAUGCAAAAAGUUAAAAGUAGUCGAAAUAAGAGAAAUUCCUGCAAAUGACCUUUUUAUUGAUGUGACCACAAAAGCUAUCUCCACAAAAAAACAACCAAGUACACUUGGUGUUACUUUAGCCGAAGAUGGCCAGCAUUGCAAAGAUGUAAGAAAAGAGAAAGUUGAAGAAAGAAAGCUUCCAAUCAAGCUGAAAAUUCUACUUCGAUGUGAACAGUCUGGCAAACCAGACCCACAUGUAAAUGUGUGCUCAGAGAGUAGCAGGGACUCAGCAAAUUCUUCAACCUAUGCAGUUACGACGAGUAUCACCAAACCAGAUCCUACUUCGCCUAAUUCAGGACAGAUCUGUAGCUCAACAUCUGGGAAGCCAGACAGUCAGGUGCUGACCAAAACAUCAAGAAAAAAAGUUUCUCCCCCAAGAUUUCCACCAUGUAAAAAGUUAAAGAAUAAAAACGUUAUGUCAUUACCUUCUGAAGAUGACCUUUUCACCCCUGAUAUUGUGGUCAAAAAAGCUAGCUCCCCAAAAUCACAUUUGCAUGAUCUCCUCAGCUUUCUCAACUCUACUGAAGGUGAACAGCAUAGCAAGGAUAAAUUUGGAAAAAACAUGGAAAGGAAAAAGCCAUGUGCUGUCAAGUCACAAGUGCCAAACCUUAUUUAUCAGCAAAAAGGACCAGCUGUUACAUUAAGUUCUGAGAAAAACAGGGAGAAAGUAGAUGGUACAACAAAAGAAACUGGACAGAACAAGGAAACAAAGCAGAGAUUUGCCCUGUAUGGGUACAAUAACAACAACCGGAGCAAAAAUAUUCACCAACACACCUGCAACAGGGCAAAGCCAGCCACGGCUCCUGUUUACGUCACCGUUUCAGACACGUCUGAAAGUUCCAUGAACUACACAGAUAUGCCUACAGCUAAGCAAAAGGUCUAUAGCCAGUGGAGUAGCACAUUCGUGGAACCAAAAAAGAAAACCUCUUCGCAUAAGAAAAAUCUAAAACCUAAAAAAGACCUGACUUCCACGACGCAGACACUCAAAAGAAUUCUGAAAGACCGAGAAGCUAUACGAGACGCCCAAAUGGCUAAGGAGGCAGGAGAUUUUGUUGUUGAUCACAAGUACAAAAAGUUUAAGAGUACCAUUGCUAAGAAAACUUUAUAAACGUGGGAACACAAACUACACUGGUUCUUAAGUAGUAUGUUGCAAAUUGACCUAUUUAAUUUUACUAUCUUACUGUAAAAUGAGUCAUUUCUUAUUAACUUUUUACCAAAAUAGUCAAAUCUAAUUUUACUGUAAUUUUACUAAAAUCUUUUAAAGAAAUUUGGUUCUUUUUCCAUCUCCAACAUACAUUAGCUGCUUGAAUGGUUGUCUUCUUUAACUGAUAAUAUACUGCAUAUUAUCAUUUUAAUUCACCACAUUUUUUGUGGUUUAUGAAAGUUAAGAGAAGUGUUAUGCUCUGUGAGCCUUAAAGAUUCUUUGUAACCUUUUUAUAUUGUUGUGAUUUUAUUUGUACUUUUGUAAACACAUUUGUAAUAAACUUUGCAUGAAACUAUUGCCAUUUUGUUGGAAAUAUUAUUUAUGA